AUGAUCAAACCAUACAAGCGGGAGGUGCUGCAGGAUAUUGUCACCUGGGAUGAGCACUCCAUCUUCAUCAACGGCGAUAGAGUCAUGCUCUACUCGGCCGAGUUCCACCCAUUCCGCCUCCCAGUCCCGUCUCUCUGGCUGGACGUCUUCCAAAAGAUCAAGAGCAUGGGCUACAAUACAGUUUCUGUUUAUUUCGACUGGGCUCUCGUGGAAGGAAAGCCAGGAAACUACACCGCCGAGGGCAUCUUCGCUCUGGAGCCCUUCUUUGAAGCCGCAAAGACUGCCGGCAUAUACAUCCUCGCUCGACCAGGUCCCUACAUCAACGCCGAAGUGUCUGGCGGAGGAUUUCCAGGAUGGCUGCAGCGUACUCCUGGUCGACUGCGCACGACUGACAAAGGCUACAUCGAUGCCACCGAGAACUAUAUUGCGAACAUCGGCAAGUCCAUCGCCGCAGCGCAAAUCACGAAUGGCGGACCCGUCAUUCUUGUCCAGCCGGAGAAUGAAUACAGCGGAGCCGCCAAGAACGUGCCUGAGUUUCCCGAUCCUGUCUACUGGUCGAAAGUUGAGGAACAGCUUCGCGACAGUGGCAUUGUUGUCCCGUUCAUCAGCAACGACAACCACAACCAUGGAUACUUUGCCCCAGGUCCACCACCACAGAACCCUGCUGUGUCUGUCGACAUCUACGGACACGAUGGAUACCCUCUCGGCUUCGACUGUGCCAAUCCCGAGACGUGGCCCGAUAAUCAUCUACCGACCAACUUUGGCGAACAGCACCUGAAUCAAAGCUCCUCCACACCUUUCUCUCUUGUCGAAUUCCAAGGAGGCUCCUUCGACCCCUGGGGCGGGCCGGGCUUCACAAAGUGUGGUCAAUUGCUUGGACCUGAAUUCCAGCGUGUGUUCUACAAGAACGACUUCAGCUUCGGCGUCACCUUCUUCAGCAUCUACAUGACAUAUGGCGGGACCAACUGGGGAAACCUCGGACAUCCAGGCGGUUACACGAGCUACGACUACGGUGCCGUCAUCUCCGAAGAGCGACUCGUCGGACAAGAGAAAUACAGCCAGGCCAAACUGUUGGCCAACUUCCUCCAAGCUUCCCCUGCCUACCUGACCGCGGCAUACCAAAACAACACAUAUGCGAACGGCUCCUACACCGGCAACAGCGCCAUUGCAACCACCGCUUUAUUCGGCGAAGUCACCAAAUUCUUCGUCGUGCGACAUGCGUUCUUCAACACUCUCGAAAGCACCGACUACACCAUCACUCUGCCCACGAGUCAGGGGAACAUCACCAUUCCGCAACUAGGCGGCAGUCUCACCCUGCACGGUCGCGACUCCAAGGUGUACGCCACUGACUACGAUGUCGGUGGGGCGAAUCUGCUAUACACCACCGCUGAGAUCUUCACCUGGAAGCAAUACGGCGAUACAAAGGUGCUCAUCCUUUAUGGAGGUCCUGACGAGACGAAUGAGUUUGCAGUCUCUGGCUGCGGUGGGGCGAAGAUUGCUGAAGGCGAGGACGUGAAGAUCGAGGCCAAGAAUGAGGCCAUUGUUGUGCAGUACUCGAGCAGCUCCACCCGCAAGGUGGUUGAGUUUGACAAUGGCUUAUGGGUCUACCUUCUUGACCGCCAGUCGGCAUACAAUUACUGGGUUGUCGACUUGCCCAACGACGAUGUGACGGCCAACUUCACGAACCACAAACACGCAAUCUCGGCACCCAUCAUCCAGUUCGGCUACCUCGUUCGAACUGUAACAGUGGAUGGCAACAAUCUUCACCUCACCGGUGAUCUGAACGCGACCAGCUCUCUUGAGGUCAUCGGUGCGCCUCACUGUCUUGAACAGCUGACAUUCAACGGGGAAAGCUUGGACUUUGAAGAAGGCGAUUCUGGAAUUGUAACGGCCACUGUGGUCUACAACGAACCUGCUCUGGUUGUGCCGGAUCUUGCGAAAGUACAGUGGAAAGUCCUGGACAGCUUGCCCGAGGUCAAAGCCGACUACGACGACAGUGCGUGGACAGCGGCGGAUCUCACUCAAACCCCGAAUGACUAUCGCAAUCUGACGACGCCUACAUCACUCUACUCAAGCGACUACGGCUAUCACACAGGAAGUCUCAUCUACCGUGGCCACUUCACCGCAAACGGACAAGAGUCUUCCUUGUACCUCGCGACACAAGGCGGGUCUGCUUUCGGCCACUCCAUCUGGCUAGACGACACCCUAGUCGGCUCAUUCUACGGCGCCGACUUGUACAUGACCUGGAACGAGACCUACACUCUCCCACCCAUCACCUCAGGCAAAACCUACGUCCUCACGAUCCUCGUAGACAACAUGGGUCUAGACGAGAACUACAACACCGGCGAAAACCAAAUGAAAGCCCCUCGCGGCAUUCUCGACUACAAUCUCUCCGGGCACAGCAAGUCCGACAUCACCUGGAAGCUGACCGGGAACUUGGGUGGCGAAGACUACCUCGACGCCGCCCGCGGUCCCUUGAAUGAAGGUGGACUGUACGCCGAACGACAAGGCUACCACCUUCCCAACGCUCCCACGUCUUCCUGGAGAGACAGCGCCGGUCCAAUGGAAGGCAUCGCGAACGCCGGGGUGGCAUUCUACACCACCACAUUCGACCUCGACAUGCCGUCCGGCUACGACAUUCCUUUAUCCUUCUCUUUCAGCAAUGCCACCGAUGGCGUGCAAGACGCAGUUCCCACCGAUGGGCAAAUCUCCAAAUACCGCUGUCAAAUCUACGUCAAUGGUUAUCAGUUCGGGAAGUACGUGCACAAUAUCGGACCUCAAGAUGUUUUCCCGGUGCCGGAGGGGAUUUGGAAUUAUCACGGUAGCAACUACGUCGCGGUGAGCCUGUGGGCGCUAGAGGCGUCAGGAGCAAAGGUGGCGAAUCUGAGUCUUGUCACUGGGCCUGUGAUUCAGUCUGGGUUCGGGCCUGUUGAGCUCAGUCCUGUGCCAGCGUGGGAGCAGCGGAAGGGUGCAUACUGA